AAGAGUGAUUCAUCUGGAAACUGUGCAUCACUAUCUGAGAGUUUUCUCCUUUUGCACAGUCAGUCUCUCCAUCCCAGAUCCUGCCUCUGCUCGCGUUUCCACUCAUUUACUGUUCAACGAAGGGGGCAGAAUGGGAGCAAAGCUCAGUCAGAAGAAGAGUGAAGCAGAGACAGUAAGUCCAGCUGUACAAGAGGGCUCACCUGUGGCUGAAAAUGCAGAGCAGAAAUCUUCUGAAGGUGAGGUUCAAGAAGAGAGCAUGCCUGCAGAAGAGAACACCGGUGGGCCUGGCUCUCCAAGCAGUGUUCUGCAGAGUCUUACACAAGCUGUAGGAGAAACGGUCAACGCAGUCACUGAACAGAUUGCUGCACCGGUGGAAGAUGUUGUAAACAAAGGUAUUGAAGCAGUGGAGUCCACACUGGCAUCCGUCAGCCUGAUUGAGAAGGAACCUGAACCUGAACAGAAGUCUGAACCUGUAGUAGAUCUCGCGGAUUCUGAUGUUCUCCAAGAACCCAGCCUCUUGGAUGACCUGCUGAAAUCUCCACUCUCAGAAGCCCUCAUUUCUGGAGUCACUAUGGUGAGUGAAGCCAUGUCCAGUGGGAUGGUUGAAGACAAAAUUAGCAGUCCUGCACCAGCUGAGAACAAGGAUUUGUUGGAAUGUCUGGAGAAGGUGGAGACACCCUCAGUGGACCCCCUGGACUGUAAACUGACCCAUGAAUUCACAAUCCCUAACUCAGAUCCAUCAUUCACUUUGGAAGAUAUGGGGCAGAAUGCAGUUGAUGCAGUCAACCUUAUAUAAACCACUACACUCGCCUCUAGAAAACAGCGGCUGGAAGAUCAUUACGUGCAAUCAUGUCAUAACAAUAUUCAAGAAAUUAAUGAAUUUUUUUUUUGGGGGGGGGGAUAAUUCAAAUGAAUUGAAGUUUAAAGAAUUUCAUAAUCCU